UUUUACUUCAUCCACGUAACAAAUACUUGUAUUUAUGUAUUGUUUUAAAGUUAAAAACAGACGAUCGAAAAUAAUAAAAAAGAUGAAUAUAAAGUUUGAAAAAUAAACAAAAAUAAAAAAAUGGGUAGCUAGAGAAGGCUUGAGCAUCAGCAUCAGCAGCAGAAGCAGCGAGCAGCAAGAAUGAGUUUUUCUGGUUCAGUGAGCAAAGCAGCAGUACCCUCUUCCUCCUCAUCACCCAACUCUUCCACUGAGUCGCUUGAUGGGUUGAAAUUUGGCCAGAAAAUCUACUUUGAGGAUGUGAGUGUUGGAGCUGCUGCAACCACUCAAGGGGCCAAAACAAGUGGUGGGGUUUCUUCUUCUUCUUCUUCUUCAAAGAAGGGAAGGGGUGGUUCAGUGCAACCGGCUCAGCCUCCUAGAUGUCAGGUUCAGGGCUGCAAUGCAGAUCUGAGUGGAGCUAAGGCUUACUAUUCUAGGCACAAAGUUUGUGCCAUGCACUCCAAGUCUCCAACGGUCAUUGUGGCUGGUCUGGAACAGAGGUUUUGCCAACAGUGUAGCAGGUUUCAUCUGCUCUCUGAAUUUGAUCAAGGAAAGCGAAGCUGCCGCCGGCGACUUGCCGGCCAUAAUGAGCGCCGGCGAAAGCCUCCACCCAGCUCCAUGUUAACAUCUCGCAAUGGCAGGCUUUCGUCCUCUAUUUUUGCAGAUAACAAUGGUAGAGCUGGUGGCUUUCUCAUGGAAUUUGCUUCAUAUCCAAAGCUUACAUUGAGAAACACCUUGCCAACUCCAAGAUCAGCCGAGCCACUACCCGGAAACCAUGCUGCAACCUGGCAGACCGGCUCAGACACACCAUCUGAAUUUUUCAUGCAUGGAUCAGGGAGUGGUGGAACAAGCUUCAUUGGUUCCAAACAUCCUUUUGUGGAAAGCUACACCGGAGUCACUGACUCAAACUGUGCUCUCUCUCUUCUGUCAAAUCAAACAUGGGGUUCCAGAAUCACACAACCAAGUGUUGAACUGAACAACAAUAAUAACAACAACAAUAACUUGUUGAAUUUCAAUGGAACAUCCAUAACACAAUUCACUGCUGCUUCCUCACAGGUUGCAGCCAUCCAUCAACUUCCAAAUGCCACCUCAUGGUACCUGAAGACCCUUGACUCGCCGGAGGGUGUUCCUGAUCUCGGCCUAGGCCAAAUUUCGCCGUCUCUUCAUAGCCAUCUUCAUGGUGAGCUUGAUCUGCCACAUCAGGGUAGGAGGCAUUACAUGGAUCUUGGGGAUUCCAGGGCCUGUGAGUCUCCUCAGUGGUCACUUUAAAGAUCUUCUUUGCAAUCAUAUGCAUAAUAAUAGUAAUGACAAUAUCAUGCAGCACAGAAAAACAUGAGGGAAUCUGUGCUUUAUUUAUCAGUUACUAAAUUCUGUACUACUGCGUUAUUGUUUCUUUAAACUUAGCAGCAAGGUGGGUGUAUCCUUCCUUUGAUUGUGGAACUUUGAAAAUUGAAACUUCCUUAUUUUGUUUGAAGUUGUGAGCAAGGCUGUAUGUAGCCUUGUUUCGUUUUGUGGAACUUUUCAGACAUUAUUAUAUUGGUAUUGGAACUUAUUACCAAGAUGGGUAACCUUGUUUUAUGUUUGGAAAUCUCAGACUUGGAUCAUUUGCUGAAUGUGGCAUGACUAUAAUGUUUUCUUGCAUCUAGGUUGCAUCUAGG